CUCACUCCUUCCUUCUGUCUCUCUCACAUACACAUUUUUUAAAGCUCUAUUAAUCUUUUUUUUAUCUAUAAAUAACCAAGAACUUCAAUAUAUACAUGCUUGUGCAACUGCUUUUUACAAAACAUGAUCCCGAAUUAUUAUGUGGAAAUUCUUGUUUACUUAUUUCAAGAAUAAUAGAUUCAUUUUCAUCUGCCCUGCAGUUUUAUAGGCUGUUAAAUUUCUAGUCCCAGCACCUUCCCAAAUGACCUAAAACAAAAUAUACAUUUAACAUUUUCUUCUCCUUCUACCACCACCACCACUACCACCACCACCUCCUUCUCUUCUCCUUCUCCUUUUUCCUCUUCCUCUUCUUCAUCAUCCUCCCCUCCUCCUCCUCCUCCUCUUUUUCCUCAUCCUCUUCUUCUCGUCCUCCUCCUCUUUCUCUUUUUCCUUCUCCUCCUUCUUUAAAAUCCAUGCCUGGAAACCCACCCCUUCACUCCCCCUUUUAAAGAAAGCUUGGGACCAGUGAGAGGAGAUAAUGGAUCCCCCCCUGUGGUACACAUUUAACAUUUUCUUCUUCUUCCACCACCACCACCACCUCCUCCUCCUCCUGCAUGCACAUGCAGACUGGAUAAAGAGGUAAGUAAACAAAUAAAUGUGAAAUGAUGUAAAAGCAAUCUUUAAAGUUGGAAGAUGAAUCUUGAUAAGAGCUGGAUGUUAGCUGCUGCAACCGAAGGACAAAGAAUAAAAGGAAGAUAAGUUAUGGAGCUUCUGCCAGGGGGGUGGGGUCCAAAGAUAAGAUUUCAAUCCAUCUGGGGCACAGAAACCAAUGUUCCCAUGCACCCAGCAAUGCUCACGUUCUAUAUGAACUUACAUCACUCAGAAUAAUGCAUGCUUUCAAACAGAGUGCCCCUUCCUAUGACUGGAAUGCCUCUGUGCCGUGUUGAGGAAUCCCACCUCUCAGUGAAUAAGAAGAAAAUUAUGAAACUGAUCGAACUAUGUCAACUUUGCUUAUUUAGAAAAUAAGUUGUCUAAAAGGACCAUUGAUCUUUCCAGUAACGUCUGAAAAGGUCCUUCCACCGAGAAACUGAUUUUUCUUAUGCUUCAGUUGCCUGUGCCUCCCAGAUGUCUCUCUGUCUUAAUUUAGGGUACAUUUGCACAGACCAUGAUUUUAAAACUCAUUUUCUUUUGUUUAGCAGCCCACUGAAACACUUUAAAUAUGCAAAUGUGCACCAUGAUAGGUUGGGCUGGCUUUUCUAUUAGCUUGGGAGACAGACUGUCUCCUGUUAAUACAAAUUGAUUGAAUUAUGAAAAAUUUCAAGAUUCUAGCUCUAGAACUGCUCGACUUUGCUUGAGCUCCGCUGUUUUGCAUUAUAUCUUUCUCUUUUCCAUGUUUAUGCUCACUUCAGUGUAUAUCAACAAUCUCUCUCUGAGCAUGAGUAGAUAUAUAUUUGUGUGUAUGUGUAUGUAUAUGCUAGUUUUUCCAUUAGUGGUAGGACACUAAAUAGUUUACUUGGUCCUUAUUUUCUUUUUAGGUUAACAUUAUUAUUUUUUGAGAUAAUUUUAUAAUAAUAUAAUUUCCCUUAUUUCUCCAAAUGGUUCCAGAGAAUUUCAUUCCCCAUAGGUAAUUAGUCAUAUAUUAAUGUUAAUAUAGAAGAAUUAACAGGCUGUUUAAAUAUUAUGAUAAUUCCGACUAACACAACAGAUGAAAUUUUCUAGAUGGGGAUUGUUGGGUUAGUUAGGAAACGCUUUUUUUUUUCUUCCUUCUGUCUUUGUAGUAAUGGUCUUGCUGUGUAAACCGGGCUGCCUGGAACCUGAUACAUAAGCCAGACUAGCUGCCACACCCAGCCCAGGUAAUGCAUUUCAUAUAUUGGUAGAUGUUAGCUAAUUUCCCCAAUUCACCUACCCACCAUCUUCUCCAACACUGUUUGUUAGCAGAUUAUCCUAACAAGUGGAUUCUAUCGUUCAGAUUUGUGUUUCUUCCAUAGAAGGUCAACUUGAGCAUAUUUUGUAUGUUCAAAACCAAAUAUACUUCUUUCUUGAGACUCAAUGGUAGAGUAUGACAUGCACGCCUAUCAUAUACUGUGUGGUUUGUUUAUGAAUAUAGGACACAAUAUAACCGCCAACACACACUUGGGAGAGACUGACAAGAAACAGUUACUGUAGUCCAAGCCUAGCCUGGUGGGAGUCUGCUGAUGCACACUCAACACAUUCUGGAAGAGCCCUCAAUGGAGGCUUCCCAACGAGACAGAUCUGUAGACUAAGAUCUAAUGAAGGUGAAGGAGACAGCCUGGUGGAUAUUGGAGACAGAUGAGGAGACCAGCACGCUCCAGUGGACAAGAAUGAGGAUAGGCAGAGUAGAGGGUAGAUGAGAUAUGCACAUAAGUCAGCCCUGAAUGCGAGGGGGAAGUGGGCAUGUCCUCAUCCAUGCACUCGGACGACCUCGAGAGAUCAACUACCGACCACAAGGACAAAGCGAACUUGAGCCUAAGAGCGCUACUCCAUUAGCAAUAUUUAAAAAGUGGAACGGUGACAUGACAGAAUGGUUUGGGAAGGUAUGGCUACUGAGGAAGGUGAUCCAGGAAUUCAGGGCUGUUGGUAUUUAAUCUAGAUGUUUGUGGAUUUUGCUGUAAAAGCAGCUGAGGCUCCCCUCUGAAGAGGGUGUACACUGCCCCAGAAUGAUUAACCUCCUCCACUAACUAGCCUGGGUGUGAAGAAAGUCACUUGAAAGAUGUUAGGGAAAUCCAGAUGUGUGUGUGUGUGUGUGUGUGUGUGUGUGUGUGUGUGUGUGUGUGUGUGUGUGUGUAUGUGUGUGUGUAUGCAUGUAUGUGUGUGUAUGCAUGUAUGUGUGUGUAUGUGUGUAUGUGUGUGUGUGUGUGUGUGUGUGUGUGUGUGUGUGUGUAGUGCUGAUCCCCAACAGGUAGUCUUUUUCCCUUUCUCCCUGAAAAAGUCCCUGCCCUGUCUUAUAUAAUGUACAUGUGAGGGGAACUGCACACCGUGAGAGCUGGGCGAGGCUUGAGAUUCCUUUGCUCAACCUCCUAAUUUUAGGGCAAAAGAAGGCCAUCUUUACUAGCACAUACAUCUACAUAGGUAGUUUGGUUACUUGCACUUACUGUUGAGCAUAGAUCUUUCUCGCGUUUCCUGACAGCAGAGAUUUCCUGGGUGAAAAACAUCUAAUUUAGAAAAUGAUCUGUCUUAAACACUUCGUUGCCCAUCGUUCAAACCGCACAGAUUUCAAUAGUCUUAGAAACAAAAAACUGAGAGAGCAGACAUUACAUUCCUCCAGCGCAUUAGGUUUCAGCCUUGGUGUCUGAACCGGUAGAAGCCCCUUCCUGGGCUAGCUCCUCCUGUCCUCUUCUUGUGAACCCUUAGCAUAGGAACCCACAGCACGAGGCGCUCGGGUCCCCACUUCUGCUCUCAGCCUUCUGCUUCACCGAGGAUCCUGUGAUCCGAUUCAAUCUAAUUAACAGCUGUUUAGGGAGCAUCUUUAAGCUUUUAGAAGGCACCAAGCAAGGAUCUAGGCGCGGGCGUUCAUGGGUGAAGAUGUCCCGACCGACCCUCUCCUUGAGAAGAAGAAGCGGGAGCUUAAAUCUAGCCCCUUCCAUAAUUCACAUGGUUAAAAAAUUCCUCCCAAGGUUCCUCCAGAUACACCCCACCACCCCGGCCUCCAAAGGUCCCCCACGUCUGGAGGUUACUGCUUGGCGCCAGCUCUGAUGCUGCAAGAAGGUGACGGACAAAAUGCUGCCUCGGGCAUCUGUCAUCAGUGGACUGGACUGAGAUGUGCCCAGCAGCUCAUCAGUGCUGAGUAGCUCCUGGGUCCGGGUCCGCUUCCCUUGUGCGCUAACCAGGGCGCGGCAACCCGGCUUGCCUCCAAGUUUCCCUGGGCACUCUCCUUUCUUGAUGACCAGUGUUUGUCCCCAGCGUCCUAAGCCCCGCGGCUCCCACCCUUUCCCUCUCUCCUCCACUGCGAUCCAUUGCCUGCAGGCAGAGUUCAAGUUCAGUCCCGGCUUUUGCUCUGGAUUUAGAAAAAGGAGAAGGGGUGGGAGAAUUGGAGGGAGCCGGCUGGUCGGGCGAGGCCGAGGGGAGGCGGAGAGAGGUGGCCUCUGAUUGGUUGGGGAGGGGGAGUGGAGGCACGGAGUUUCCCACAAUGCCCCGGUGCGGUGCAGCCGCGGAUGGAUGCUGCGGGAAGGGGCUGCCAUUUGCUGCCCCUGCCAGCGGCGCGCGGACCUGCCCGCGCUCCCGCCGCCUCCAGCGCCCUCAGCCCGACCGGCCUCUGCAGCGGCACCACCUCGGCUUCUUUCGCGGCCGCCGGAGCGGUCGCCAUGAACCCCAGCUCCUCGGCGGGAGAGGAGAGAGGGGCGACGGGUGGCAGCAGCAGCAGCGGAAGCGGCGCCGGGAGCUGCUGCCUGGGCGCCGAGGGCGGCGCGGACCCGCGGGGUGCAGGGGCAGCGGCUGCUGCUGCCUUGGAGGAGCCCGCGGCCGCCGGACAGAAAGAGAAGGAAGAGGCGCUGGAGGAGAAGCUGAGGGACUUAACUUUCCGGAAGCAGGUCUCUUACAGGAAAGCCAUCUCCCGGACAGGCCUCCAGCAUCUGGCACCUGCACAUCCUCUUGGUCUUCCUGUGGCUAACGGUCCAGCGAAGGAGCCCAGAGCCACUCUGGACUGGAGCGAGAAUGCUGUGAAUGGGGAGCACCUGUGGCUGGAGACCAACGUUUCAGGGGACCUCUGCUACCUGGGGGAGGAGAACUGCCAAGUCCGAUUUGCAAAAUCCGCUCUCAGGAGGAAGUGUGCCGUCUGCAAAAUCGUGGUCCACACAGCCUGCAUUGAGCAACUAGAGAAGAUUAAUUUCAGAUGUAAACCAACAUUUCGGGAAGGAGGCUCCAGAUCGCCAAGAGAAAACUUUGUGCGUCACCACUGGGUCCACAGGAGGCGGCAGGAGGGAAAAUGUAAGCAGUGUGGUAAGGGCUUCCAGCAAAAGUUCUCCUUCCACAGUAAAGAGAUCGUGGCCAUCAGCUGUUCUUGGUGCAAGCAGGCGUUUCACAAUAAAGUGACCUGCUUCAUGCUGCAUCAUAUUGAGGAACCCUGCUCCCUGGGGGCUCACGCCGCUGUUAUUGUCCCGCCCACCUGGAUCAUUAAGGUGAAGAAACCUCAGGUGAUCUCCAUACCAGGAGAUGAACUUGAACUUGGUUGGGCGGGAGACGGACCUGGUUGGGCGGGAGACUGGAGCCCCUCAGAGAAUUUGGGAUUCUUCCAUUUUUACUGGGAGGGUUGGCAGAACUCCCUGAAGGCUUCCAACCGGAAGAAGAAGAGGACAAGUUUUAAAAGGAAAGCCAGUAAAAGAGGAACUGAGCAGGAAACCAAAGGCCGUCCUUUUGUGAUCAAGCCCAUCUCCUCCCCUCUCAUGAAGCCUUUGCUUGUCUUUGUGAACCCAAAGAGUGGGGGAAACCAGGGAACCAAAGUCCUACAGAUGUUUAUGUGGUACCUGAAUCCACGGCAAGUCUUUGAUCUUUCUCAGGAAGGGCCAAAAGAUGCGCUGGAGAUGUACAGGAAGGUACCAAAUCUGAGAAUUCUGGCCUGCGGUGGGGAUGGAACGGUGGGCUGGAUCCUCUCCAUCCUGGACGAGCUGCAGCUGAGCCCACAGCCUCCUGUGGGGGUGCUUCCACUGGGGACUGGGAAUGACCUGGCUCGGACGCUCAACUGGGGAGGGGGUUACACCGAUGAGCCUGUUUCUAAGAUCCUGUGCCAGGUGGAAGAUGGGACCAUUGUACAGUUGGAUCGCUGGAACCUCCACGUAGAGAGAAACCCAGACCUGCCGCCCGAAGAACUUGAAGAUGGCGUGUGUAAGCUUCCUCUGAAUGUCUUCAAUAAUUACUUCAGCCUUGGAUUUGAUGCUCACGUCACAUUGGAGUUCCAUGAAUCCCGAGAAGCAAAUCCAGAGAAAUUCAAUAGUCGUUUUCGAAAUAAAAUGUUCUAUGCAGGGGCAGCCUUUUCUGAUUUCCUACAAAGAAGUUCUAGAGAUCUAUCCAAACACGUCAAAGUUGUCUGUGAUGGGACAGACCUCACCCCAAAGAUCCAGGACCUGAAGUUCCAGUGUAUAGUAUUUUUAAAUAUUCCCAGAUAUUGUGCUGGCACAAUGCCUUGGGGAAACCCUGGAGAUCAUCAUGACUUUGAACCCCAACGUCAUGAUGACGGCUACAUUGAAGUCAUUGGAUUCACUAUGGCCUCUUUGGCUGCCCUGCAAGUUGGGGGGCACGGAGAAAGGCUGCACCAGUGUCGGGAAGUGAUGCUUCUGACUUACAAGUCCAUUCCCAUGCAAGUGGACGGGGAGCCAUGUCGGUUGGCACCUGCUAUGAUUCGGAUCUCCUUGAGGAAUCAGGCCAACAUGGUACAGAAGAGCAAGCGGAGAACCUCGAUGCCUUUGCUCAAUGACAUCCAUCAGGUGCAAGCUGCGGACCUGCGGCGAGUGUCUGCUCCCCCCGGCUCCUUCACCAUUCCCCAGUCUGUCCCAGAUCGCCUGAGGAUCCGUGUGAACAAAAUCAGUUUACAAGACUAUGAAGGACUCCACUAUGACAAGGACAAACUCCGGGAAGCUUCCAUCCCUCUGGGUAUUCUAGUUGUUCGUGGAGACUGUGAUUUGGAGACUUGCCGUAUGUACAUAGACCGUCUACAGGAGGACUUGCAGUCAGUUUCUUCUGGGUCACAGAGAGUUCAUUACCAGGACCAAGAAACCUCCUUCCCCAGGGCACUCUCAGCUCAGAGGCUGUCCCCACGGUGGUGCUUCCUAGAUGCAACGUCUGCUGACCGCUUUUAUCGAAUAGACAGAUCUCAGGAACAUUUGCACUUUGUGAUGGAGAUUUCUCACGAUGAAAUUUUUAUUCUGGACCCAGAUAUGGUGGUGUCACAGCAGGCAGGGACCCCUCCAGGAAUGCCUGACCUGGUGGUUGAACAGGCUUCUGGGCUGUCUGACUGGUGGAACCCUGCCCUGAGGAAACGUAUGCUGAGUGACAGUGGGAUGAUCACACCCCACUAUGAGGACUCAGAUCUGAAAGACUUCAGCCACUCCAGAGUGCUACAGUCCCCAGUCUCUUCAGAAGAUCAUGCAAUUUUGCAGGCAGUCCUCACCGGUGACCUUAUGAAGCUCAUGGAGAGCUAUAAGAAUGGAGGGAGCUUACUAAUUCAGGGACCAGGGCACUGUUCUCUCCUUCACUACGCAGCUAAGACCGGCAAUGGGGACAUUGUGAAGUACAUCCUUGACCACGGACCUGCAGAAUUACUGGAUAUGGCAGACAGUGAAACGGGCGAGACUGCACUGCACAAGGCUGCCUGCCAAAGGAACCGGGCUGUAUGCCAGCUUCUGGUGGAUGCAGGAGCAUCUCUGAGACAGACAGACUCCAAGGGCAAGACACCCCAGGAACGAGCACAGCAGGCCGGGGACCCAGAUUUGGCUGCUUACCUAGAAAGCCGACAGAACUAUAAGAUCAUUGGCCAUGAAGACCUGGAAACUGCUGUUUGACUGUGGUAGACAGGCAAGAAGAACUUGAGCAAGCGUAUCACCUACGCCCUCCCAGCCACUGGGCAGCUCCCCUGGAAGAAGCUAAUGGAAUCCAUAUUUGCCUCUCCUGCAAGGAUCUAUCUGAGAAUAUGCUACCAGGUUUCAAGGGCUACAGGGAUGUACAACAGGACACGAUAGCCCAUUGAGAAGGAGGCAGGCUACCGGAGAUUUGUGGCGUACACGGUCCACAAAAUUUGAUCCUUAUUGCUUCUAGCAAGUAGCAUGAACUUCUGUGUUCAUCCGUCUAAUUUAUUUUAAAGAUUCUGAGGAGUUUCACGUAAAGGGCACUGCUCCCUCCUCCCUUUAGACAUUCACCCUUCCCCUGUACCUCACGAUUCUACUGUAACCACCCAUCGAUUUAGAAACUAUGCUUUCGUCUCUUUAUUUUCUGUCUUCCAACCACGUUGUCUGAAGGUCUUUGAAACCCUCCAGGAUGUCUUACAGAAAUAUAUCUAUAAAACCACUUCCAUUUGUAGAUUAAAUAUACCAAGACUAACUAGUGGCUUUGCAUGCCCCCCCACCCAACCUGGUUUCAUCACAUAGGAGCUGGGAAGUGCCACAGGGCUAAUGUCAACUUGUGUGCUCUGUCUCUUGGGUACAGUGAGGUAGUAUGGGAGCUGUCUGUGCUUGAGGGACUUCACAGAUGUUACGUAGAGGUAGCUCAGGCAGCUGGGCUGUUGGUGAUAGGAAGGACUGGUUCAGCUUGGGCUGUUUGUACAGCUCUGCACUGCCUACGUGCAGCCAUCUUUGCCUUCUGCUGCAGUAGAGAUGAGCCAGGGAGUCAAUGAAACCCCAUAACUGGUUUACAGAGCUGUAAGAUUCUAAGUGCUGUUUCAGCGACAGGAUUAGACCUGUCUUGGACAGUGGUUAUAGGAAACGGAACACAUAAAUGUUUAAUCCUAAUCUUUGUAAAAUGACAACAGAAAGCAGUCUAAUUGACUGGAAAAAAUAGCAAAAAUCAAAGUAGCAAUGUAUGCUACAAGAACAGCCUUUGGCAUUUGGGGCUGAGGCUAAUAACUACAGGCUCAUGGAUGCAGUGGUGAAAGGGGGUUGGUGUGUGUUUUUCUAAGAGUUCAGUUUUCAUAACAUCAGGGAAGGCUUGACCCAAGAACAAAGCCUCCAGUUCCAUGGUCAGACUCUCAGGAUGCCUGGCCCUUCCUGGUCUGUGCUUGUCCUAUGACCUUUUAGGUUCUGAGAUCAUGGCUGAUGACCCCAUUUCCUGUGUAUUAGGGGAGUCUAUUUUGCUCCUUUUCCUACUUUAUUUUCUCCCGGCACAAAUUUCUUAAUAUAAGCCACUGUGGCAGAAAUGGUUUCUAAACUUGUCACUUCUGUUCAUGCUGUGGAUCAGGUGGGACCGGGUAGUGAGGAAGAGAAAAUAUCCAACUUUAUAUCCAAAAUCUCCUCCGCUUAGGGGGUAGGUCACAAAUACAAGUGGGGUAUGUCAUCUUUUCUUUCUGCUUUCUUCCAACUUUCUCUUCAAUACAGCAAAAUGCUUCCUCAGCAUUUCUGCAUGUGACCUUUAACCUCACAGUCCAAUGGGGACAAUUUACUUAUCAGAAUCACAUGUCAUCAUUUUGAAAGGACAGAUACGAUGUGCCACAUUGAGUGUAAGGAGGCUUUGAGUGAGUAGGGAUUUCAUUGCUAGAGACUCCCGAUAGUAAUUUCAAGAUCAAACUUGGCAUCAUAUCUAGCUGUGGGGAAAUGGUUUGGCUAAGAAUAAUAUGUUUCUAGGCAUCCAUCUCAGAACUGGAACUCUCUCUGGACUAGAUCAUUUCCAGGAGUUGAAGUCACUGGGUUUCUGUUAGGAGUUUUUCAGUUGUUAGGGCUGUCAAGGAAAUAUUGUGAUGACAAACAUAAUCCUUAGAAUGGACUGGAACCUGGCUUCAAAUAGAGCCUUCCACCCCCUAGACUGAGCCAAGCAUUUGGCCAAGCAGUUGGUUAUCCAGCUGGCCACUGCUGAGAUGCAGGACUAUAUUUUCAUCAACCACCAUCUCAUAUUUCUCUGAGAAGGUUUCAAAACAGCCCACAGAAAAUUUAGGAUAGAGGUGGUUAUGGGCCAAUUCUAAUAACUCUAACUAAGAUAACUAAGUCCCUAGAAUGAAGGUAGAUGCAGUUCUGACUACUGUAAGGGUCUCUGUGAUGUAGAAAUUUAUUCUUAAACCACUAAAAAUAAUUUAGAUUGUACAUUACUGCCGAGGAGCAAUAUACUAUAUACAUGAUCCAUCUCUGGAAAAUAUAACAUCACUCAAACUUGGGAUGUCAAAAAUGUGAGCAAAGAAAUUACAGAUUUCAUGAUUUUGAUUUUAACAACUUUAAGUCUACCUCCUGUAGGAUGCUAUGUUUUGUUUUGUUUUGUUUUGUUUUGUUUUGUUUUAGUUGUUUGUUAUGUGUGAUAUUUCUGAGCAUUAGAAAGAGCUAAAGCCAUGUGGUCCAAGAGUGUCUGACUCUGCUUAGGCAUAUAAUGCCACAUGCAGUGAGCCAACACGAGGUAUGGGAGAAAAUGGUACAGUCCUAGCCCCACAUACUUUAUCAAACACAAAAAUAUGUACCUGUAAAAAAUAAUCUUCACACACCCUGCUGGGGAUGUUCUGCAAAGAGCAGCCAGACUAGCUGAUUCUCUAGCGUCUGGUCUCUUGUGUCUUCCCUGGAAUUCUUUUUUAAAUUGGGCUGGUGAGAUCAUGAAAAAUGACGUGUUAUUAAAAGAGAGCAUUGUAUAGCAGUAAAGCUAAUAAUUUUUGUGACCUUGUAUUACAUCGACCAUGAAACAUUAGCCCAAUCCUUGACACUACCAUAUUCGCCAACACGAGAGAGACAGGAGAGAAUUAGUUACCCUAGAAGGAUAAACAGCAUGACUUGGAAUCUUGCCUUGAGAUUUCUGGCUACCACCAUCGAAGUGAUGAUUGAAACCCAGUGGGAGUUCUGAAGCAGAAUUCAGCUGCAGAGAAAUUAGUAAGAAAUAGUAGAGGGCCCCUGUGCCCUGCUUCUUCCUGUCUUCCCAGAAGCUGCCCAGGCACAUUGGCCUGGGUUCCGAGAUGCUCAACAGGUCAGUCCUUUCCACUGGGACCUCCUAGAGACUCCUUUACAUAAUGGACCUCUGAAAUGUACUUGCUAGGAUCUUUAGGAUAUUCAUGCCUAAGAAAAUAAGGUAUAGCAAUUUCAUUUUACCAUGUCAAUUAUAUGCACACACAGUUUAGUUAUGAAAGUAGCACGUGCAUUUCAUAAAAGUUCUAACUCCAUGGGAAGCGUCCCAUGAGCGUGAAGGAGUUCUCUGUGCUGGUAUCCCAUCUCAGUACCCAGCAAGAAUCACUGUCAAUGUGGACAAACAUGCUUGCUUGUGUGUUAUGUCAGAAAUUUCUCAUUCAUAUACACACAUAUCUGUACAUGCCACAUAUAUCCACCAUACAUAAAUAGAAAUGUAUUUAUUUGUAUACAUAUAUGGGCAUAUGUGUCAUACGCACAUAUUGCAUAUGUUUAGAAAAGACAUCUUAAAAGCAUGCAAAUCAUCUUUACGUGUAUAGUUAAUACUCAUAGGUAAUGAUUGGUAAAGAAACAGGAUUUUCUUUUCAUUGUUGUUUUCUCUAUUCUUGAGCUUACAUCUAUCUCUGAAUCGCUACAGUCGCACAUGACAUUAGAGAUUUUCAGAGUCAUAAAGACCAUAAUCAGUGAGUCUUCUGAUUAUUUAUAUGUUGCCUUCCAUAAUACAUGAAACCACCCUGAAUCCUGUGGCUUGUCCAUUCUAUUUUUAGAUCUCAAGGCAGCAAAGGAGAAAUAUUUCUCCUCUGAUCUCCUCACUGCUUUAAGGCUAAGUUUAUAAGCCUAGCACCCAGUCAGAUUUCUAAGGCUCUUUAACUAGUGCAAGCUGUUGUUGAGGAGCAGGGGUAGGUACUUGGGUUUGGUCUGGGGUUGGAGCAGCUUGUCUUCCAGUAGGAGAAGCUAAUUAAAUCAUUGAGCACAGCAUGCUGUUUUAUUCAGUUAUGUUCUUUAAAAGUAAAAAUAGAUCUUUGUUAAAAAUGGCUCACCAUAACCACCAAGACUGCUAAUUGUUCUCUCCAACUAAAUUAUGUUCAUGUUAGGGAAAGAAAGACCAUGUAUUAAAUUAGCUAUCUGAACACACUGUAAUAUGUAUUUAGUAUCAACUCCCUCUGCCCACGUCUCAGAAAACGCUGCCUUUGCAACUCUCGGUUCUUCUCAGGACUGAGCUCCACAGUGAGCUGAUGAAAUGUCUUCUUCCAGGAUUACCAUCACUCUUGGCCUACCCCCCAGUUCUCUGGCUGAGGCAACAUUCCUGGUACCAGUGCCUAUCACUUUGUUUCAGGACUGCCUAAAUCUUCCCCACAUGUUAUGAUAAAAUUAUAUCAAGAUAAAAUUUCCCUUUGGGAGCUAAUACCAGUGUUGGCCAAAGAAUAAGUACAUGCCUACUGACCAUGGGCGCCUUAUAGAAUUAUGACCAGGUGAUUCUUAGAAGCAGAAGCAGUCAGGGAGGUUUAUUUUGUUUUUGUUCUAGUGACUGACCUGAGAGGUCACAGUCAUAGGCACUCCUUCCACAUCAGAUGGUGACAGCAGCAUGAGCUAUUAACAACCACCCAGAGAACUGGAUUGUAUAUGGGUUAUACCCUUGAGGGCAACCUGUGGAUUUUAAGGCUGUUAAUGCAGCUUAAUGAGAAACCUCAAAGCACAGAACAGCACAUGAACAGCCCGCUCAUGCAGAACAAUGAAAUUUAUUAUUCUGGUCCCAAACAGGAAGCAGAACAAUCCUAAAGUUAUUAAAGCAAAUACUUCAUAGCAGAACCUGAAUGUUGGCUGGCGUGUCACUCCAGGAAGUUCUGAUUAUAUAUGUAUUCAAUCAUGCUCAUCCAAUAAUAGGUUCAGAAACCUGUCUUGUUUUUUUAAACAUUUAUUUUAUCUAAGCAUUUCCUUUUUAUUUUUUUAAACAUUUCUUUCAAAAUACCUAUUACUCAUUGCGAUACUCAGUGAAAAUAUAGCUACCUAUGAAUGAAGUGGAUAAACAACUUCUGUAGACAGGGAACAAAAGAAAAAUCUAAAUAGUUUAAAUUCCUUAAAGGGUGUGUGUGUGUGUGUGUGUGUGUACUCUAGGGUACCUCAGUAUGUCCUGAAAGUUCAACAGAGUUUUUGUCAUGUUUGUUACUCCGGCUAGCAUAUUUUAGUUCUGUACAAGCAAAUGUUAAAUAGCAAAGCAAUAGUAUUAUUUUGUAUUUCCAUUUCCUUGGAAUCCUGGUAAUGGUCUAAAAAAAAAAAUCCUUGAAACUAAAGCUUUAAGAUGAAAGUUAGAAACUCUACUUAAGUAAAGGCUAAGAUUUAUUUAUCCCAGCCCUCGGGAGCUAAACCAGGAAUAAUAAGCAGAAUUUUCAGUGGGUUUUGAUUAAAUAUAAAGAAGAUGAAGUAUGAGUUGCCAAAUAGUGCAGUGGACAUGCAUACAGAGUUACAAACCUUCAACAUCUGGAAGCACUUAGGUGGGGGAUAUUUGACGAUCUUUAGGCAUGUCACUAGUAGGGACUCAAGAUCCGAAGGGGCUGUAAUUACAUUGUUAUUUUCUUUACAUCAUUUUGAAAAUGGCUUUGUCUCAUGGCAACAUUUGAUCUUUAAAAAUUCAUGAGAACCUUGAUUUCUUAAAACAUCAUUUUACACACAAGAAAGUUUAAAACAUUGGAGGGGGUGGUCUUUAGUUCUCAUUUAAAAAAUUUAAAACUAAGCACAGAUUCAAGAACUCAGAAAAGGAGAAAACAUAAGGAGAUAAAAAUUCAAAAUUCUUCUGGAAACAUUUUGGGUUUUGAUGAAUAUUUUUGGACAUUCUUAAGAAAAUCCAUAUAGGAAAUCUCACCAUUCUUUCAAUAUUAAAAAAAAAUUGCUGUGAUUUGAGAUUCUUAGAAUUAACUGUAACCUAAUCACAGAAGGAAAUUCUGUGCAGGGAUCUUUAGAAGCUAAGUAAAUGCUCUUGAAAAGCACCAUGGGAAAUCCCUUGGCUUCUGGUACCAGCAUGGUAAUUGCAAGGGAAGAAAUUCAGAACAAAACAGUGAGAUAGGUUUUCUCUCUGCUUCCAGUGUUCUAGUACCUGGAGGCCAGUGGUGUCUGAGCUGGCUGCCUUUGGUAGUGGGAGCAACUGGGACUCUCUUGUUUCUCAGCCCUUUGUUAAGACACACAUGUGGCUUACAAUAUAAAGUAAUUUAAAACAAUUAAACUAUUGUUUAUUAACAACUUCCCUACUUUUUUUUUAAAUCAGAGAUUUGAUAGUUUGAUGCAUUUUUGACAGUUCUGAACUUUUAUAUCUGAUACCAUUCCAUGCGGAGGAUAAUACAGGUAUGACAUUCCAAAUGAACAAACUGGGUCUUGACGUAGUGAAUUCAACUUGCACAGAAUCACACAGUUACAGGGUCCCCGUCAGAUUAGGAAGCUCUUGAAAUUUCAGACUAAUGUAUUCCAAAUUGAUGCUUUCUGGGAUAAUAGUUGUCCACCAUUGCCUUCAAUGGAGCUUUUAGAUCUGUUGUUCAGGUCUCCAUGAUACAAAGUUUCUCCAUUAAAAAAAAUAUAUCAGAGAUACCACAGCCAAGUUGAGUAGAACCAAGAGACAUCUUAAAUUUAGAAUUCCAGAGAUUGUUAUCCAGAGUCAUGCAAGCAAGAACAGAUUUCAAACACAAAAGUGUUCAAGGUUUGGAUACUGUGGUAGAUUUCAUGCAAAGAAGCUAGUUCUGAGAUUUGAUGAUGUCUCUAUUUUGUUUGAGAUCUCUCUCUCUCUCUCUCUCUCUCUCUCUCUCUCUCCCCCUCUCCCUUCCUUCUCCCCUCCCUCCCUCUCUCCCAUCCUCCCUUCCUUUCUCAAUGAAAAUACUAUUUUAUCUCCUUUGAAAGCUAAUAUUGUUUCAGAAUACAAUACCAAAAGGUGCUGAGAAUGGCCCUGUCAUUCGAAGCAUGAUUGAUCUGUUUAUGUGAGGGUGUAGGUUCAAAGUUCACCCUAUACAAUCACAUACAUAGACAUUAAGUAAGACACAAAUAGGAAACCAUGAUAAGCUUGAAGUGGAAAGAAUGCUAAUGUUCUCCCAUUCUGAUUGUAUAUUCUCCCAGCAGUGCCAAUGGGCAGACUGGUGAAUUUGUACAAGGGUAUCUGAUCCUGCAGGGAAAAAAAAAACAAAAAACAGUUCUAAGUUAGGAAUAAGAAUGUCCCAAGUAGAUGGGUUGCUUGGUUCUGUCAGAUCCACGUUCUAAGGGAUGCACAAUGUGUGGACUCAAACCCAAGGAAAAAAACGAUCAAAACAGGCAUGAAGAGCUGGUGCCUUCAUUAUGUAGGGCUUCUCAUUCCUAAACAUUGCAUCCAGAAAACAUGAGUUGGGCUUCCUGGAGAAACAAGGGGUUUUUCAACUGUUUCUACCCGUGCUCAAGUGAAGAUCAAACAUCAGCUCAUUGAUCACAGGAAAGUCAAUCCUUAUGUGUGAGGGAACUUGAAAAAGGUAGAAUAUUUCCCAGAUUUAGUUUUUCUAUUAUUUUAGACUGAAGUAAACCUUAGAGUCCAUUUGCUUCCAGGUUUGUGACAACAGAUGGCAACUUCUUAGGGGGAAUCAAGGGCAUUUUUGAAAAAUAUUAGUCAUUGCAAUUAUAGGCCAAAUCCUUAACUCUCUCUCUCUCUCUCUCUCUCUCUCUCUCUCUCUCUCUGUGUGUGUGUGUGUGUGUGUGUGACUGUGUGUGUGUCUCUGUCUCUGUUUCUGUCUCUUUCUUUGCCACCCCUACCCCCACACAAGCUUCUUUCUCUACUUGUUCUUUUGGUUGUGACUAGGAUUUAGAGAAAAGGCUGAAGACACUUAUAUUUUUAUGGUCAUAAAAAGACUGGAGCUUUUUUAUUCUUUUCUGUGACUAAAUAAAACUUCAACUCAUGACCAUAGGCUAGUAUUUCUAUAUUUCUAUUUAAGAAGAUUGCAGUCUUAGUUAACCAUCUCCCCUUUUGUCCAUAAGGGUGAUGUUUGAGACCCAGCUUUCCAGCAGGGAUGGGGAAAGAGUCAGUGUUCAGAUACUGAGGAAAUGGAUCAUACCCAGAAAUCUACUCUGAGAGACUUUUUACAACCCCAUUCUCUCGUCUCUCCUGGGUCACUCCUUGUCCUUGAUUUGGAAAGAAAAAUAGGAACAGAGUUAUAAGAAGAGACAAAAAUUAAAAAAGAAAAGAUUCUCGGGCAUAGCACAACUAGAUGACUCUUGUAUUGGUAUAGGCUCUCCUGACAACUCACAGAUAAUGUAUGUACACACUCAACAAACAUUGGUCCUCAUGUAAUCCCAGUGUAGGGAGGCAAACUUUAGAGUGACUUCAAAGAGUGUUAGCUGGGAAUUUUCAGGUUAUGCAACAUAGUUUAUCCUGUUUAUUUCCAUGACUAAAUGUGAAACUUGGGGGGUGGGGGCCACUAAUGGAAAGCUUUGUUGUAAAAAAUCCCAAAGGGUAGAAUGUUGUUUCAGAUUUCUUCAACUGUCCACAGACUUUUUUUUUUUUUUUAAUUUUGAGACAGGGUUUCUCUGUGUAGGUCUGGCUGUCCCGGAACUCUGUGUGUAGACCAGGCUGGUUUCAAACUCACAGAGAUCUACCUGCCUCUGUCUCCCAAGUGCUGUGACUAAACUCACGCAUGACUAUGUGAGGCCUUGUUCACAGAUUGCUGGCCCAUAGUAAGAGUUGAGAAAAGUAAGAUCAACUUGAAGAAUUUUAUCUACAAAUUUAAAUAUAUUUUCAUCUUAACUAUUCAGAUAGUCGACCUGUUAUUUGAGGAUAUAAACCUAGUUCUUUGUUUUUCUUUAAAAAUGGUAGAUAUGAGCUGUUUACAUGCAGUCUCUACUUAAAUGGAAAGAGCCCAAAGAAAUGAUAGGCCCUGCAUUAUUUAGUUUUUUGUUGAAGCUCAUGAGCACACAUGUGUUCUUCAUAUUCAUAGUGUUUAAAGCAUUUCUUCAUUUGAUACCUACUGUACCCUAAUGCUUCCAAAUGGCUCCCGAUCAUCGUGUUUUCUUAUCAAUGACAUUUUUCAUUUCCCACUCUACCCCCACACUUCUAACUGGUUGGACUGAGGCGCUAACCCAUGCACAUACAGGCAUAAUUUGCAGUGCAGUUAGGAUCUUGUUGCUUGCUGAUAUCCUGAUUGUGAGUUGGGACACAGCAGAAUGUCUUCCCCCCGGGGGUAGGGUGGGAGAAUCUGGGGACUCUAAAGGACAAAACGUUGCAGUGCAGUAGAAAACCAUGUGUGGGAAAGGUAAUGUGCAGAUCAGCUUCCAUUUAUUAGCUCAGCUCUUUUUCCAAAUUGCCAAGGAUUAAGUGGCCCACCAGGAUUGCUCGGUGGCCCACAGCUGUUGGAAAGUGAGGAAGUGAUUUCUGUGAAGGGUCACAUGGCUGCUGUUGCCAUCAGAAUGAUAAUGUUUGAUGGAAUGAUUUUCCAGAGUGAAAAGGCUCCUCAGGUCUCCUGAGGACCACCGGCUGGAGGUGGGUCACUCACAGAAGCUACUACAUGUAUAUGAAGACAUGGGGUCAUGUUGUAAAGGGCUCAUUCAUGCUUUCUGAUUCUGUCUGAUUACAUCCCAGAGCCAUGCCAUGCCACUGCAAAGCUGACAGCUGCAAGGUGGGGUUUCCCCCAGUAGUAGCAGCUAUGGCAGUAGAAGAGGAAGUUUUAUUUCUAGGUAAAGUGGAAUCCAGAUACUAUGAAGUGGAGGGAGGGUGGGUGGGAAGGGUGGGUUGGGGAAAGGGAAGAAAGGAGGGUUUUUUUGUAAUAAAGUCAUAAAGUAUUUUUCCCUAAUUUUCUUGCAUUUCCUAUUUAUAUAAAGAAUCUUGAUCACUGUGUUGCUCUACAGAGAUUUUCAAUGGAAUUAAUUUGAGAGACUGAAUUAAUCUCUGAAAAAGAAAUUGACUAGUUAUACUUACUUUUGGACACUUUUUCUGUAUUGUGAAUUGUGUGGAAAUGUACAGAAUAAAAAUGAAAUAUAAUUGA